ACCGGAUUCUUGCGUUUAGUAGGGAUUUCGACGCGUUACUGCACGGACGUAUGUCGCGGCAGUUGGACGACGACGACGGCGACGACGCUGAGUAGUGAAAGAGACAGAAUAUAUUAGAAGUUGUGCUGUUUUUCGUUUUAUGAAGCUCACUCGGCCUCGUCUUUGACUUCGUCAUAGCAGUCACAUUUGAGCGCCAGUGGUAGUGACAGUUCGGUUGAAUGUUGAAUGUUGACGGUGGCGGCGAGGCUAUGGGGUUGUGCUGUUGACAUUUGCUAUCGAGGCAGUAAACUGUGAAAGGGUACAAAGUCACAACGCGGCGAAGUCGUUAAAAGUAGAGUACAAAUUAAUCUAGCAACGUAAAAGGUGAAAAUUGCUGAAGAUUUUGUUUUGCGAAAAAUAAGAAUUUUUCAAAGCCAACGAGAGAAGAGCAAAAAGUGUUUUUCAAAAAAAAGAAGAAAAAAUUAAAAUUAAAAUAAAUAAGUGUGGAAAAUGUGAAUGCAAAAUUAAGAUGGAAUAAAAAUUUGCCAAGCAUUAAAAAGCGCGUUGAGUGGCGAGCAGAAUUUCGUUGUCGACGCAACUAUUGAGUUUGUGUUUUGUGUAUGUUUUGCAAAUAAAUCAACUUGAAGUGUGUGAUAAGUGUUGGUAGGCAGACAACAACAGCAACAAAAGCAAAAGGCGUUGUACUAAGUCGACAGCGUCCUUUGCGGCGGAACGUGUGUGCAAGCGUGUGUGUGGGGCAGCGGCAGCGGCGCUAAGCAGUGGAUCCCGACGCCGGGCACUUAAACAGCGAGACGAAUGUGCAGAAGAUGGCAAUAAAUCAAUGAAAGUAGGAAGCGCCAAAGCGAAAAGCGAAAAGUGGAUAGUGUUGUAAAAAUAGUUUCGGAAGGCAAAAAUACAACAUUGGUAUUCGAAAUACCGUUACAUAAAAAGUUAGAAAACGACGAGCGAAACGUAAAUUAUUUGAUUAACUCGCUCCGUGCGCUUCGCCUUCUUCCUUAACUCCCGCUUCUGCCGGCCACCCAGCGCUUUGUUGGCGUACGUGUGCUUGUCGCCUAAAUGUGUCGCUCAGCUGUCUGCUCCACAAGAACAAACACAACAACAACAAAUACAUACGAAAUCAUCUGCCACAGCGACAUUGACGUCAGCUCCGCGAAAGUCGUGCAGUUUUAAAAAAACAUUUCACUGGAUUAAAUGAUAUCGAUCAAUAUGCAACGCUCUAAAUGACGACGACACCUUUGAACGACGGAUAGCGCGGGAUGUCUCAGUUUUGUUUGUGAUAUUUGCUUUCCCUGAGUUAAAGACAUGUUGUGAUUUAUCUGAUUUUUUUAUUUGAAAAAGUCUUUAGUUGAAAUUUAAAAAAAACAAAUUUUGAGUUUAGCGGUUUUUGAGAGCAAAAACCAAAACGAAAAAAGACAAGCAAAGAAACAACGAAGACCAGAACAACAAUAAUAUAUAACUACUUUAAGUAAUUUAAUAUUAAAAAAUCUGCAUAAGUAAAUAAUCAAUACCAAAGAUAAUUUUAAAAUAAAAUAUAACUUUAAGAAUACAAAAGUAUAUAACUAAUAGAAUAUACAAAGGGAAUAGGCUUUAAUAACCCGAGAACGUAAGAGCAAAGUGAUAACUAUACUUAGUAUACAUUAAAGAAAUAUCCACCAAAACAUCCCAUCGAGCAUAUAAAAGACAAAAAUCUUCAACUAAAUCUGCCCAAAGUGUUCCCUUAAGCUCUAGUCCGUCCAGAUAUCAGCAGCAGCUACUCAAUCGCAACUGUAAAGGCGGAGAGUGUGUGAGAUUCGCGGAGUCACCAUGUCACAUGGGGGCGGCCAGGAAUGUUUGUGAUAUUUCCAGCUGAUGAACUCAUUUUGAUGACAUAUGGUCCCGCCAUACCACGUCUAGCACCACGACCAACACUCGACUGUCUGCGUGAACCCGAAGUGCCAAUUGAAAUACCACCAAGAUCAUUGCCACCGCCGUUACCGUCGGCAAUCGCCACCACCACUGAUACAAACAAAACAACAACUAAUACAAGUGCCGUAACCGCGGUCGCCACAAACAGCAGUAGAACUGCCGCCAGUCAAGGUGUUAACAGCAGUAACCUCAGCAGCGCCAACACCACUGUACCAGCACACAACUCGUCUGCGUCGCGAUCCUUGAAUAGCGGCGCGCCCGCCGCUGCGCCAGUCUUCACCACCGCCUUCACCUACGAUCCCAGCCAACCAGCCCAAACCACUUCACAGCUACCCGCCUCGAACUCCCUACCGCCAACGCCAACUCGUCGCAGCUCACGCACAUCGCGCACGUCCCUGACACAUUCGGCUUCGGCCGUGCCUGCACCGGACGCAGCCACCUCCAAGCGUUCGAGUGUACGGAGCAACAGAAGCAACCGCAGUGCUCAUCAACAGACGCCGCCGUCACCGACGCAACUGCAACAUCAGCAACAACUGCUGCUUUUACAGCAGAAACAACAAGAGUACCAACAUCAGCAACUACUUCUACAACAACAACAUCAGCAGGAGGAACAGUUAUUGCGACACUUGCAAAUUCAGAAGCAUAACAGUAUUUCCAAGCGAUCCAACAACUCAGCCACAACCAGCCAAAUGCAGAACGAUGCGACAGACAGCUCGCGAUCGAUGCAGGGCCGACAAGGCGGGCCAAGACCGACGCUAGAGCGCAGUACAGCUAUACGCGGCACCACACCGCAACGUGGUCUUACGCCCCAGCGUGGAGCGACACCACAACUGAGCUAUGAGACGGAACAAUUGGACGAAUAUGCGGGCGCCACAUCACUUGGAGGAGGUGGUGGACAGCUGAUUAGUGCGCGCGACCGUAGUCCAAGCGUAUUUCUCGAACCACCUUCGCCCGAUCCAACACAGAUUAUUUACGGCCCAGGCUGGGGUCGACCGAUGUCACCGAUGGAUCUGCCACCAGAACCGCGGCCUAAGUCCCCCACGCCAAGCAAAUCGUCUCGUUUGCGUCCAAAAUUACAUUUGCCUUUAGGCAGACUCGGACGUUCUACCUCAACCGAUCAGCGCGAAUCGAAUCGCUUGAAGGAAGACCUACAGCUACUUGUCGAUAACCCAGUUUUUAAUUGCGAAAAUUUGCGACAGCGUAAUUUCGAUGCCUUCUUCGAGUCGGGUGAACCGAAGUAUAAACUGCAACCGAUGACGCCGAACUCGGCUCCUACCGGUUCCUUAUCGAGUGCCAGCAGUCAGUAUUCACCGCAAAUAGAUGGGCGUAGCACAAAAAGUGCCGGUGGAGGCGGUGGUGGGGGCGGUUUGUUUGCACCCACGCCAAAUGAAGGCAAGACGGCAAUGAACUCGCGAUCACGUUCCACCGAGCAACCAGUGUCACCGAACCGCGAAAGGCGUGCGGCGUCCGUUAGUAGUGGUGUUGUGCCCCAGAAAGAUUCUUCAACAAAAUCUUCAAGUGGUCGAAAAAGUCGUAGAUUCUUUGGGUGGAGGGGGCCACGGAGUGGUUCCCUUGGCCCGCGGGCCGGAAUGGCUUCCUACAAUGGGGUGCUAAAGGAUUACGGACACAGCAGUUUGAAUGAGGCUUUCAAAUCCCAAAAUAAUGUCAACUUUAAGUUAAUCAAAACAGUUUCUGAUUUCACCGAAACCCUCUCCCAUUUAUACGAGGAACAUGCAACUGCCCUACAAUCUUUAGUCUCCAAUUUUCGUAAAAAGAAUGCAGAACUUCGCAAAGAAAGACCUGCUUGCCAUCAGGCAAUUUUCCAAGCUUGGGAAACAUUCCUACAAGAGGUCGAGAGCGAUUCUCAGGCAUCAAACGAUGUGGCCAACGUGCUUUCACGCCAGGUGUCACGUCCAAUGCUCGAUAAAUCCUUUCAUCGUAAAGUUCAAAGUCGGAAAAUUUUCACACACAGGGAGUCUUUUGAGACUAUUAUCGCAAAGACUGAAGAGAAGCUUUCGAAGUGUCGUUUGGAUUACAAACAGUGUUACAUGUCGCAUCGUCAAAAUCCCACAGCACUCUCACUCACCGAAUACAUAGACGCACACAAUGCGUACGUGCAACAGUUGCAUGCCACCAAUGCCAUGCUGGAGACCUACCAUUGCGAGACGGUGCCGCAGUUGAUGCAAGAACUGGAGGAGAUACACAAUGAUUUAUGCGGUAUUAUCGCCGAAUCGAUACAACAGGGUGCCGAUGUCAUUGCCAACAAGGCAUCGGAUCAAGCGAAGCGCUACGGCUCUCUCACCGCGCAGUGUGUCGCCGUGUCGCCGAUGCAGGACCUCACGAGCUUCGUACGCAUUCUGCCGCCGCUGCCCACGCAGGUGCAAAAAGUUCCUAAGCGCAUGUUUGCGCCGCCGCAGCUGCCGGCCGAAGUCGAGGAUAACGGUGACUUUAAUGAAAUGGCUCCGGUGUUGCGCAACGAGCUGGUCUUCGAUCGCCAUUCGACGCUGUCGUUGCGCCCGGCCCUGGAAUCGUUGAAGCGGGAGGCGCAUGAGCUGGAAAUGCAAAUUCGUCUUUUACAGGAUACCGUGGACGGCUUGAAUCGCACGCAGCAGCGUGGCAUCGAGGGACAACUGUACAACAAGGUCAAUGAGUUGCAGGAGGAGCUCUCUUUGAAGAAAUUUGAUUUACGUGCUAAGCAGUUGCACUUCGCUGCCAUCAAAGCACAGAAAGAUUUGUACGUGAGCAAAGUUGAUCCGGGUUCGCCACGCGCCGAGCGUAAACUUUCAGCCGCGACCGCGCCAUCGAUGAAAACAAAGUGGCUGAAAGCAUUUAGAAGCCUAAAGCCGGCUUCCGGUUCAGCACCCGCCGAUAGGCGCAAUGGAGCCGCCGGCUCGUCCUCACAGCCGCUGCGUCCCAACGAGGAUGGCAGCCACCACCUGCAGGAGUACACCUACAAGAAGAUAACCGCCUGCGACGUCUGUUCACAAAUAUUAAGAGGCCACACACGUCAGGGACUACGCUGCCGCAUUUGCAAACUGAACGCCCAUGGCGACUGCGCAUCUCAACUGCCGCGCUGCCAGCCGAAGCAGAAGCUACUGCGCCGACAGAAGAGCACUUCGGAGCUGGAGAACCGCGUCGAUGUCGAGGAAGAAAGACCGGCUGAGGAGGGCAUAAGGGCGCCAACGCCGCCACCGCCACUCGCGCUACAAUCAAAGCCACCGCAGCAACAGCAGCAAACACUAGCCGACGAAGAGAACGCGUUGCCGGCGUCGCCCAAUGCAAAUCAAACAAUCGGAAAUCGAAAAUUCCGCCAGAAAGUGCCGUUCAUCGAUCGCAUCGCGCAAUUAGCGUCCACGACGGGAACCGGCGUAGUAGCCGCCAGCGCCGACAAAUCCGUCCAAGGCAGCAGCAAAACGGAUGGACCCGACAUACAGAUCGUCAAUGUGCCUGACUAUCCGGAACGUACCGGCAUCAUCGGCGGUCCGGGCAGCAGCAGCAGUACGGGCGGCCUCUCCGCGAUAGCAGCCACGGCCGUGGCGGCAGCGCAGCGCGCAGGACGGGGCGUGCGACCGCCGCCGGUGCCCGUGCCGAUACUUGGUGUGCAGUUGCAGCAGCAGGAGCUGGCGCAGCAACGCAGCGGUGGAUUGCCGGUGCCGCAGCAAGACGUCUCGAGCAGUUCAGCACCGCACUCGCCACGUCGCCAAAAGCUGAAUUUGCGCAUGAAAUCGCUGAGUUUGGACUCGCCGGAAUCGACGGAACUGCACGGUCAAAUUCGGCGGCGCCAGCAGCCGGUCAUCGGCACAACAACAGUUGUUGGUGGCGGCAGUGUAUAUUACCACGGCGGAUCCGGCGGCCACUUGGAGCACAACACCCCGCCGUCGAACAAUAGCCGUUUGCACUCGCCUUCCAGCCCCUCACACCAGGGCCGCAAGCUGCUGUACGCCACGCGCGGCAUGCGCGGCGGCAGCGUCGACCUGCCGGACGAGAUGGAGAAGUCGCAGUCGUCGGCGAGCACCUCGCCGUGCCCCUCACCAAAAUCUCACCGCUUAUUGCCAACGAAUUUGUAUGUGAUUCUGUACAAUUUCAAAGCGCGCCACGCUGAUGAGUUAGACCUGAAGGCUGGUUACAAGGUCACCGUCAUCGAUACCUCGGACCCGGACUGGUGGCAGGGCAAAUUGCUAGGCCGUGUCGGUUACUUCCCAUCCAAAUAUUGUGUGCGUCUAAAUGCCAACGAGAAGCCGUUACAGGUCACACACAACUUGCAAGUCUCCGAUGGUGAGCGAGGGGAAAGUAUGACGCUUUUACGGGAUCAAAUAGUUAUACAGACUGGCGACGAGGUCAACGGUAUGGUGAUGGUGCGCUCUGCAGACAAUCGUCAGGGCUAUUGCCCCGUUAAGUACCUGCAAGAGGUGUGACAGCCAAAAGAGCCGCCAGUUGAGCGUGACAAGCCGCAGAAGUCUUCGCUGUCAUCAAAGCUUUUAGAUAAAACGAAACGUAGAAUAAGAAUUGUAGUCUCUGAGAAUGGUGGUAGUGGCGCGAGUUACAGUAACCUGGGUCGCGAACCCAGUGCACCGCCUGCCGAACACGGAAUGAAGAAUAUAAAUAUCGAUUACAAUGACGACUAUACUGGGGGCGCAGAAGAGGAGUACUAUGGGGGUUUUGAUGCGGCCACUGCCAGUAGUAGAAGUAAAAAUGAUAAAAAUUGGGAGAACUGGGAGCGCAUAAGGGAACAGAAAUUGGAGAGAAUGAAAAACAUUUGCUUUGAAAGUUACCGUCAAUCGAAACGAGAUCGAAUGCAACAAGCUAAACCGAAACCGAAACAACUUGACCCUACUUGGUAUACAGACAAUAUAUAUUCUAAUCGCUCCGAAGAUCUGGAAGAGGACUAUGUGCCGGAGUGCCUAAAAUACGGAACAUAUCGUAAGCUUCGCAAUAUUCGCGAACAGGAUGAGUUCUUUGUGGAGGAUAUUUUGGAUGACGCUCCGCAAGAUGUCGGUAGUAAGGGCAAGCGUGGUGAAGGGGAAGGUUCUUCCGGUUAUGGAUUGCACCGCUCAAUCAGCUGUAAGGAGUUUCAGUAUCCAAAGUCACAGAGUUGUUAUGUGAUGAGUGGUGGCACGUCCUAUGAAGGUGGCGGUACCACAUCUAUAUUGAAGAAAACCAAUGUGCCCAAAUCGUAUUCGUUCAGUGCCACGACGUCCAAGACGACACCCUUCGAUGUGAUGGACUACGAACUGCCGCAAACGGGCGUAACGCGCCGCGAUAAACAAGAGGCCUUCCGCAAGUCCGCGGGCUACUACUGCAGCAGCAGCCUUGACGAGAGCACGCUAGCUUAUGCGGCUCACGAACCGCCGACGUCUACGCCGCCACCUCCGCCAGCGCCGCAUUCAUGUUGCGCACGCGAACAAUGCACCAGCGCCAAUUGUCUACUUGACGAAAUCUAUCCGAGCUAUACGGCGGCGGCCGGACGUCGUACAUGGCGCAGCCGUGGCACGCCCGUGGGCAUGUAUAGCGCUGGCGCCAGCGGUGGUAGCAACAGGAACCUACAUACCGCCUCCGCCUCCACCACAGCCGAUUGGGUCGAAGAACGGGAACGCGGUAGCCAGCGUGUGGCAGCGGCCUCGCGCUACUCUAUACACUCGGGACGUGGGCGCGAUCAUGAACGUGAACGCCACAGCGAUCGUGAGUGUGAGCAGCCACCGCCGCCGCCACCAACGGUAGUAUGCUGUUGUGCCGCCGAUGACUAUUGCUACCACCGCCAGCAACAGCGCCAUAUUGCCAGGUCGCGUUCGCGCCUACACUGUCCCGGCCACCACCCGGCAGCCGAAGAGGAGGAACACUUACACUGCCGCGCCAUGGCCUACGACACCGAUCUCGAUCAUUUCAUUCGUGACGAACGAGAACGUCUGCUAAUGCAAGACAAAUUCUUAGACGAAGAUGAACGCUAUCUAUCCAAUGCUGGACCAAGUUUACACUAUGCAGCCCAAUAUAGGCGUCCAGCGCGCAGUAAGUCUCUAUUGGAAGUACAACCACCUAGUCGUUACGAUGAUGACACGUGCUCGGACUCCACCGAAAUGGACCUUGAGGACUUUAAUGUAGACUUGGAAAAGUAUUGGGCCGAAUUGGAUAAGCCGCCGAGUCCCGUUGAUUUAGAUAUGCAGCGCCGCAAUAUGCAAAGCAACCUGAAAGCAAAGAAUGUCAGUGUGGGUUGCUAUAACAACGGCCAGCCUAUCGAUAUGCACGAUCGUGAGCAGGAACGAAUGAUGAUAAAGAAAUCCCUACUCGAGGGCAUGCCCUCUCCGCCACAAGUGGAGUCGUCGGCGCCAGACGGCUCCUCACUACAUCAUGGCGCCAACAAUUCAGGUGACUUUCAUUUUUUUGAACAAGCUGGCUCGCCCCUCCACCGCGCCUACAACUAUGGCCACAAAGUGUACCCGGUCGCAGAUAGCCUACCCUCAUAUAAAUAUAACAAUUUCUACACAGAUCACGAAGUACAGACCAAACAGCCAACCACCGGUGGACCUCACCCCUCCGCCGGUGGUCAUUCAGCACUCAGUCUAAUCAAUAACAUAUUCUCCAUCUAUAAGCCAAACAAGUAUUCAGCCCAAAACUGCCAAUUGAACGUCGAUACCAAACCCGAGCCGUGCAAGAAAAUGAACGUCCCGACUAUCCGUCGCCCUCUAGGAGCACCACAUUCUGAGUACAUGCACUCAAUGAAGCGACCGAUGUUGGUCAGCACCGAUCAGCCACAAUUCAAAAUCAUACCCGAAAAAACGGGCCUAAAAAUUACACCGCUCUACACGUAUGAAGACUACAUGGUCGAGAAACCACAAUCGCGACAUAAAUUCGGUGGCAUGACGCGGCCGGUGGUGCCUCCGCACUGAUGGUGCUGGACCUUUCCAUGGUAUGGCGGUUGUUAGGGACACCGGGGCUGAAAGGAGCUGGUGAAAUGAACGCGAAGCUGAAAUUGACCGUUAAGUAAAGUAAUCCAAAUUAGGCGUGAUAACGACGUAGAUCACGGAAGCGGCCAGGGAGAGAGUGUGUACUUUGUA